AUGGUUGAGAGAGCCAGGGAAAAGAUUCGCGCGCAUCCUGGGCAGGGGACCGUGAAUGAUUUAGUGCCUAGAGAAGAUCCUGAGUGGAAUCCCAACGCCGCAGCCGACUACCAUAGGUUAAAGGUUUACCAAGAUUUAUUGAUAGAAGGAAUUCGAAGCGAAAUUCCAAAGACUUUAAACUGGUCGAAGCUGUACUCUGUGGGACAGGAUAAGGCAGAGUCCCCCUCUGCCUUCUUAGAAAGAUUAAAGGAGACAGCUCGAAAAUAUACAGAUUUGGAUGUAGAAGCUGAAUCGGGGAAGUUACAGCAGGCUUUGAUUUUCAUGGGGCAGUCCCAGGAAGAUAUUAGAAAGAAACUGCAGAAAUUAGAAGGGGAAGAGACGCGAAAUUUAGAAAAAUUGUUAGAAGUGGCUUGGAAAGUGUAUAAUAAUCGUGAGAAGGAGCAGACAAAGAAACAACAAGCGAGCAUGUUAGCAAUUUUGCAGGCUACUAUUGUGUUUGAAAAUGGGAGGGUCAAGCUAGAAAUCCCAGAAGAAAAUGUAGCACAAAUAUUUACUGUAAAGGAAAUAGAAACAGAAGGAAUUCCUCAGGAAAUAGAACAUGCAGUUGUCCCUUGGGUGUGGGAGACCGGGGUCCCGGGCUUAUCUAAAACAGUAGCUCCAGUAGUGAUAGAACUUAAGGAAGGAGCACAACCAGUACGAAUUAAACAAUAUCCAAUUAGCUUAGAAGCGAGAAGGGGGGUAGCACCUCUAAUUGAACAAUUUAUAGUUCUUGGAAUAUUAAAGGAGUGUGAAUCAGAAUUUAAUACACCAAUCUUUCCAGUCAGGAAACCAAAUGGGAAAUACAGACUAGUACAAGAUCUGAGAGCAGUCAAUCUUUUAACCAAGGACAUUCACCCGGUGGUUGCAAACCCAUAUACCUUGUUAACAUCUGUUUCUGAGAAAUUUCAGUGGUUUUCAGUAAUAGAUUUGAAAGAUGCAUUCUUCUGCAUACCAUUGGCACCGGAGAGCUGGCACCUAUUCGCCUUUGAGUGGGAAAAUCCCGACACGGGGAGGAAAAGACAGCUAACCUGGACGCGUCUACCACAGGGAUAUAAAUGUUCACCUACAAUAUUUGGUAAUCAGCUAGCAAAAGAACUUGAAGAGUGGAAGACAUCACAGGUCAAAGACUCUCCUUUUUCCUACAUCGUAUUGCAAUAUGUAGAUGACAUCCUUCUGGGUACAGAAGGACGAGAGCUGUGCUACAAACUAACCAUUGAACUGCUAAACAUGUUAGGCCAGGCGAGAUACCGAGUUUCAAAGGAAAAGGUCCAAUUAGUUAAACAAAAAGUUAUCUACCUGGGUUGCGAGAUUUCCCAAGGAGUUCGGCGUUUAGGCACAAACAGAGUAAAAGCCAUCUGUGCUAUCCCGGUCCCACGGAAUAAUCAAGAAUUGAGAUCUUUUCUAGGAAUGAUCGGCUGGUGUCGACUAUGGAUUCCUGAUUUUGGACUCCUUGCCAGACCACUGUACGAAGCAGUGAAAGAACCGCAACUGGUUUGGAGACCGGCACAGGAAAAGGCAUUCCAGGACUUAAAGAAGGCUCUGCAGGAAGCACCUGCUUUGGGACUGCCUGACAUAACAAAAGAUUUCCAGCUGUAUGUCUGCGAAAGACAACGGUUGGCCCUGGGAGUACUCACACAACGACUGGGAUCCUGGAAGAGACCCGUUGGUUACUUUUCAAAGCAACUGGACACUGUAAGUGGGGGUUGGCCUGGGUGUCUCAGAGCAGUAGCUGCAACAGUGAUAUUGAUCCAGGAAGCACGUAAACUGACUCUGGGAAGGCAUAUUACAGUUUACGUGCCACAUAUGGUCAUAGCAGUCCUGGAACAGAAAGGAGGACAUUGGCUCUCCUCCAGCAGAAUGUUACAAUACCAGGCCCUGCUUAGGGAACAGGAUGACAUUGAAUUAAAAGUUACUAACCAUCUCAAUCUGGCCGAGUUUCUCAGGUCCGCCCAGGAAGAGGGAGUCCUGGAACAUGACUGCAUGGAGACGAUCGAGCACGUCUAUGCUAGUCGAAAGGACUUGAAGGAUGAACCACUGGAAAACCCGGACUGGGAACUGUUCACAGAUGGAUCAAGCUUCGUGGAAAACGGUACCAGGUAUGCAGGGUACGCGGUGGUAACCCUAUAGGAAGUCGUGGAAGCAAAGGCAUUACCCCCGGGAACAUCAGCACAAAAAGCUGAAAUAUGGGCACUAGUAAGAGCCCUAGUCUUAAGUCAGGAAAAGAGAGUUAACAUCUGGACUGACUCAAAGUAUGCUUUUGGAGUAGUUCAUGUACAUGGGGCAUUGUGGAAGGAGAGAGGGUUGCUUACUUCACAAGGGACAGCGAUUAAACAUCGGGAAGAAAUUCUUCAGCUACUAGAGGCAAUACACAAACCGUCAGCUGUAGCCAUAAUGCAUGUGAAGGGACACCAAACCGGUUCAGAACCGGAGUCACAAGGAAACAGAUUGGCAGACCAAGCAGCACGACGAGCAGCUACACAGUGGAAUCGACCUUUACCUCUAGAGAAUCCAGUGCAUGACAUUUCUCCAGGAGAUCAGGUCUACGUGAAGAAUUGGUCGGUAGAACCACUGAAGGAAACAUGGGACGGCCCCCGCCAGGUGUUGAUGACAACCUAUACAGCAGUCAAGGUCGAAGGCAUCGACAACUGGAUUCAUUACACGAGGGUCAAGAAGGUCCCCGUGCAGUGGACUGCAGAAUCCAUCACGCCGACCAGAACGGUGUUCCGGGCGGUCCAAUAA